AUGGCACCACUUAAGAUUGCCAUUCUUCAGAACGACACCAAGAGUGAUGGUUAUGGGGACCAAUUCAUGAGAUCGUUCUUCAGCACCAUUCGCAGAGUCUCGUCCAAUACCCAGAUCUCCAUUUUCGAUCCCAUUGAGCUACAGGAAUACCCCAACCUCAGCGACAAAUACGACGCCAUCAUCCUUAGCGGAGGUACAACUCCGCACGACCUAUCUAUCCCAUGGGUUGGAAGGAUAUACAAAUUCAUCAGAGAUACUGUCAACAAUAACCCGGAGCAGACUUUGAUAGGAAUAUGCUGGGGACAUCAGGCAGUGCAUAAGGCCUUGGGCGGAGAUGUUGAAAUAAUGCCCACGGGACCCAAGCUCCGAGUUGGCCAUGUGCUCACACCAGAGGGUGUAGAGUUCUUUGCGGAAGCUGCCAGUAAAGGGACUCUGGCGGUUAAUGCUAUGCAUUUCAACCGGGUUGUGGAACCCGCACCAGGGUUCAAACCUCUCCUCGUUGAAAAUCAAGCAUUCCUCUCAAACGAUGGGAACAUCUUCACCAUGCAAGCCCAUCCAGAGAUCGAUGCAGAAUUUGCCGAGGAGCUAGUUAUGAAGUAUUUCGAGGGAACAGUAUCCGUGGAUGUUUUGGAUCAAUGGCUGGAAGGGAUCAAGAGUCCCAUGGAUAAUACUCUUGUUUGGUUGAGGCUUAUACAGUGGAUUGAGGCCCGAGCGAAGUCUGAACUGAUCAACGACAAGGCUGCUGCCAUAAGUGGCCUCUUUCACCAAUUCAUUGACCACUACAACCCAUCUCUCGAGAUGAGUAACGCUGCUGGUACAGCUUGA